AGACAGGACGUCAGGAGGUUAAAGAGCGUCACAUUGGAUAGAAUGGGAAAGAUGUUUAAGGGCCGUGCGCCUGCCGUGGAAAGAUCUUCUUUGAGCUUGGACACCAAUGUGACAAGCGUCAAUAAUUAUGACGAAAAAGUAUCGAUGAAAGAAAAGACAAACUCUUUAGGAAGAAUGCUUAAGCUCGUCGACAAAGACGGUUCGCCCAGAAAACUUUUUCUUCGUCCCCGGGCAGGAUCGCUGAGUCGUAUACUACGUAGGCAUCCCCAUAAUGAGGACAAUGGAGUUACCGAUAAACCCGCGGAGGAUACCGGGCGUGGAAUUUUCUCCAGAAUGCUCAACCAAUUGAGAGGAAAGUAAAGAUUCAAAGAAGAAACUUGUCGAGCGAUCUUUUAUUAACAGCCGGGCGUGUCUUGUUGUCGAUACAUCGACAAAAGUUCGCUUAAAUCAAUGAUUCCCAGAGAGUGCAGAUAAUAAAUAAUUUUUCUUGAAACGUUCAAAUCAUUUAUCUCACUUUGUCUCGAAAAUAUAAUAAUAUAUAUUAUCAUUACUGUUAUUUAAUAUUAUAAGCAACAUAUUUUACACAUAAACAAUUUGAUGAAACAUAUAUCGCUUAUAUACAAUAAUAAGUUUAUGUGACGUUUUGAAAACAGAAUUAAAUAAAUUUAUUAUCUAGUAAAUUUAUCUGAUAAAAUUAUUUUUUUAAAUAAUUUUUUUCUUUUUUUAUUUACCUCUCUAUCUACUCGCAUAAUGUAUUGAUAAUAAUUAUAUGAGGGUAUAGGAAAUAAAAAGUUAUAAAAAUUAUUGGAAGAGCCACGUUUAUUAUGCAAGCGUGUCCCUUUUCAAUUGUAUAUUUGGAUAAUGCGAUAUUGCGGGACAACCUGUGUCCUCUUUCAUGCUUUGCACGAAUUGUACAAAUUCUCAGAUAUACAUAUACCUUAAUAUGUAUUAUGAUAUUACGUGACAGAAAUAAUUAAACG